AGCGUGUGAAGGAGGCAGUGGCAUCGUGGGGCUCCCUGCUGUGACUGAGGAGCCACUGCCGAGCCGGGGGCUGCCGGCCGGAGCCAGCGGCGGGAAGCACACGAGAGGUUGGCAGCGACAACAUGGAGGGCGGCGGAGGAAGCGGCAACAAAACCACAGGGGGCUUGGCUGGCUUUUUCGGAGCCGGCGGAGCAGGUUACUCGCACGCAGACCUGGCCGGCGUCCCGCUAACUGGAAUGAAUCCUCUGUCUCCUUAUUUAAAUGUGGAUCCACGGUAUCUUGUGCAGGAUACAGAUGAGUUUAUUUUACCAACGGGAGCUAAUAAAACCCGGGGCAGAUUCGAACUGGCCUUCUUUACCAUUGGAGGCUGUUGCAUGACAGGGGCUGCAUUUGGGGCAGUGAAUGGUCUUCGGCUAGGAUUGAAGGAAACCCAGAACAUGGCCUGGUCCAAACCAAGAAACGUACAGAUUUUGAAUAUGGUGACUAGGCAAGGUGCACUUUGGGCUAAUACUCUAGGAUCUCUGGCUUUGCUCUAUAGUGCAUUUGGUGUCGUCAUUGAGAAAACUCGCGGGGCAGAAGAUGACCUGAACACAGUAGCAGCCGGAACCAUGACGGGCGUGUUGUAUAAAUGCACAGGUGGUCUCCGAGGGGCAGCACGAGGCGGCCUGGCAGGACUCACUCUCACCGGCCUCUACGCGCUCUACAACAACUGGGAGCACAUGAAAGGCUCCCUGCUGCAGCAGUCGCUCUGAGGGCGCCGCCGCCGCCGCCCAGGUCAGCUUAGCAGGAGCUGCUCUGCCUACAGUUUGCUACGGAAAUUGGAGACUGAUUGGCUCUGACGAAGAUUAUGGAUGGUUGACCAGGACUGGCACUCCUUGCCCUUAGUGAGCUGCAGCCAAAACCCUCGGUGGGCUCACUGAGUAGUGUGGGUCUCUUCUCUGGAGAUGUUGCACCAGUUUUCUCUCCGCUCCUGAACGAGAAAGCCACUUAUUCCCAGAAUUCAGGUCCUUGCUGUAAUACCCUGUGUAUCACCAAGUGUGUUCACUUCAUGAUCCAAACGCUAAUGAUGCCCUGUAUUCCAAAUAAAGGGUGAAAACAGA